AUGGACGAUGUUCCUGACUCGACCGACUGGCUCGGCACGGCUCUUGCCGGCCUGGCUGCGGUCGAGGCGGCCAUGCGGUGUCAAGUCUGCAAGGAUUUCUACAAGACGCCGAUGAUCACGACUUGCUCGCAUACCUUCUGCUCUAUCUGCAUACGACGGGCCUUGUCUAAUGAUAGCAAGUGUCCCCUAUGCCGCGCUCCCGAGCAAGAGCUGAAACUCCGAAGUAAUUGGUCGAUGGAAGAAUCUGUAGAGGCAUUUACAAAAGCACGACCCUCCGCUCUGGCCGUAGCCCGUAGCCAGUUGAACAUAUCGAUUUCGUAUAAACGGAAAAACGAAGGCGAUGACAUGGUUGCAGCCCCUGUAUCCCCUGAACCCAAACGCAUACGAACAUCUGCCCGACUGAACCACCUUCGAAGCGAGGCCGCAAAUCAAACAUCUCGGGCGCGAAAACAGGCCGGUGAUACUAUCCCAGUCUCCGAUGACGAUGAAGGCAGUAACAGUGAGGUUGAUGAUGAUUUUGAACAUAAUCCAGAAGAUGGCCCAGUACCGAAAUCGAGAACGAGCGAACUCUUGCCCGCUGGCGGGGCUUUACAGGCACAGCAAUCUCGCCUUCAAAAGUCGUUGGAACGUCUCCCUGCCCUCAACUACUCGAUGUUGAAGGAACAGACAUUACGGAAGAAGCUGGCAGAGCUCGGAAUCUCUAACCAAGGUCCUCGACUAAGCUUGGAAAGACGCCACAAAGAGUGGAUUACCAUCUGGAAUGCUAAUUGUGAUUCCGCCAUACCCAGAAAAAGAUCACAGCUUUUGCAGGACCUUGACAUCUGGGAAAAGACGCAAGGUUAUCGAACAACCGUUGCGGCCAAGACAUCCCUCGCGAUCAAAGACAAAAAUUUCGAUGGCGUUGCCUGGGCCGCAAAACACGACGUGUCUUUCAAGAGUUUGAUUGCAAAUGCGCGACGAAGCAGACUAGAAGCUAAGGGUGCGAUAAAGGAUACGAAUGACGGGACAGAACAGAGCACUAGUAGUUGUUACUCUAUGGAUUUUCAUGGCAGCACCGAGAACUGCCAGGAAUCUACUAAAAUGACAACGGAAUUGCGGCGGAGCUCUACCCAUCAUGAUGUCUCCAGCGAAGCCUUGGAAGCCAGCUUGGGGAAAGGAGGUCGGAGCCACGCUUCAUCAACAUCAGAGGCAAUGGAGUCGGCUAACGCGGACAUGCUUGAGUCGGGACCAGCUGCUUCGAACUCGUCAGAAACUGAGACUGGGGGUCAAUAA